AUUUUGUUUUUCUUUCAAGAACUCUAAAACUAUUUCUCUAGUUCAUGAUUAUAUGUUUACUGUUGGUACAGAUGUUAAAUUUCCAAUAUGGCUGCACCUACGUAUUAAUUUUAUUAUUAUGAUAUUUAAUUCGGCGAAACAAAAUUAUUGUAUUUUUAGACUAAUUCCAAUUACAAAAUAUAGAUUUAAAUGUUUUCGUUAUCAGUCACGAUAUUUUAUCUCCAAAGCAGGUGUUACGAGCUAACGAAAUAUUGUUACGACAUUCGUAGGGUAUUAAGAAUUGAGAAAGCAUUUGGCAGCAUAAUCUUAUUUGACGGUAUUUCUGUGACGUAAAAAAUAUCAACUAGGAACUCCCUGACUAUGAGUAAAUUGAGACUGGGGUCAGAUUACAUUCCCCUCACUGAAGAAGACAUGUUGAAAGUUCGAGCGAUUAUUUCAUUUUCGAGAUUAGCAUGGGUCACUGUAUCUAUACCGCUGUUUGCAUUUAUUUUUUGCGUUAUUUGGUCGGUACUCUAUAAUUUUGAACAUGCCACUGCAACCCAUUGUAAGGUUUACAAUUUUCUUCCAUCAGUCUCUGCAACGAUCGGCCAUUAUAGACCUCAAAAGGAUAUUUGGAAAUUGGCAAUUGCAACGCAAGUUAUAACUAGAAUAUUAGUUCUAAUUAUGUAUUACCGUUAUUAUAAAGAGCAUGUAUAUAAAUGGGCACGAUAUAUUAGUAACAUUGUUUUGGCCGCAUAUAUUGUUGAAAAUUUAUCUCUAGUAACUUUAAGUUUCUGGAGUUCGGACUCGAACUACGUAUUUCACAAAGUAUCUUUUAUAACAUUUUUAAUAAUGUCUUCUAUCUACAUGCCAUUAUCAUACUUUGUUAUGAAAAAUUGUUGUAACGUAACCAGAGAUUUUUCUGAAACUACAUCUAUAAGGUGGAAAUGGAGGGCAAUGAUGUCAAAUGUACUGUCCAUAUUAUUAGCAUCUUACUUUUUUUAUAGGCAUAAUAAAUACUGUGAACCAUUAGUAUAUUCCAUGUUCGCUUUGAGUGAAUAUGUCGUUGUUCUCUCAAAUAUGAUGUUUCAUUCGACAGUUGCAUUGGACUUUCCAACAUCUAGAGUUUUAAUAUCAGGGAAUGGUAUUAGACUGAUCUAAAUUAUUAUAUAAAUCAUUUUGCAAUAUACAUUUAUAAUAUACAUUUUAGAUAUUUUUAACUCGAUUUUAGUAGUUUUUUAAUCAUAUGUACCUGGUAGUGGUUAAUAUGCUUAUUAUAUUAGCCAUGAUAUCAGUCAUGCGAAUCAGUCAAAAUGAUAAAUACUUAUGGAAAGUAUACGUCAUACGUGUGAUACCAAAACAUGCUGAUUUAUUACAAAUUUUUAGAAAAAGAUAUUUAUAUAUAAAUGUAUAUACAUACAAGAAAAUACAUAGAACAUAAACAGAUAUUUAUCGUCGAUUGCUGUUAUACAAAAAUUUUAAUACAAGAAUAUAAAAAUUUCAUUUUGUUUUUAUUUCUUUUCAAUAAAUUCUUUUAAAAACACAUGUAAUGCAUUAUAUGAUUGCUAUGAAAUAUCAAGUACUAACUAAUAUAUAGAAACGGCGUAACAAAAUAUAUUAUAAUCUUACGAUAUAUAUUUUGGACAGUGACAGAUUCUAUUAUGAAGUAUAAUUACUGUGUACAAGAGAAUGGAACUUUCCUCAUUGCUGAGAAAUUUCAUUAGAUCCUUCAAUUAUAUCACAGAAUAUUAAAACUUGAAAUCGUUUUCCAUUUUAUCAGCAAUGUAUUUUGCUAUGGCCAUACUACUCGUUGCAGCAGGCGAAGGAGCAUUACGACAAUGAAGAACUCUGCUUCCAAUACUGCCAUUUCCACUGUCAAAAACAAAGUCGUCUACUAAUUUGCCAUCAUUGUCUAAUGCUUGUGCCCUGACACCAGCUGGUCCUCUGAAAUGAAACAAUGAAGUUAUUCAAAAUAUUAGAAGAAUUACACUCGAAAACAAAGAGAUAUAAGGUAUAAAGUACCUGAAGAGCAGCUUAUACAAUCCAGGAAACUUGGCCAUUUCUAUGCAGUCUCUUAUGUUGAUAUCUGUCCAUCUAAAUGCAUAAAAUGACAGAACUUCGAUGAGUAUCUUUCACUUUUACGAUUUUUUAAUGAACUUUUCUGCUGAUCCUUACUUGUAACCUUCUCUAGAUAGUGCCAAAAUAGCAUUUGGGCCGACCCAUAUUUCACCGUUUAUUCUAGGCGUAAAAUGUACGCCCAAGAACGGUAAUUUCGGAUUAGGUACCGGAUAUAUGUUCGUUGUACAUAAAUGUCUUUUAUUUUCAUUUAGAAGAAGGUAUUCGCCUCGGAAGGGAACUAUCCGUGGAUUGCGAUCGCAUCCCGUCAUGACGGCUAAACGAUCCGAAUAUAAACCAGCGCAUGUUAAUACAUAUUUCGUUGAAAUAAACUGAAAUAAAUUACAGGAUAAUCAUCAGUAA